AUGCCAAAUGCCGCAUUCAACACGGAUACCUUGACAACCAACACUGGAGCCCCGAUCGUCAGCAAUGAGUUCUCUCUGCGCGCUGGGAACCGAGGCCCUGUGCUGUUGGAGGACUACCACAUGCUGGAGAAGCUUGCACAGUUCAACAGGGAGAAAAUUCCGGAGCGCAUAGUGCACGCCAGGGGCGCAGGCGCGCACGGCUUCUUUGAGGUCACGAAGGACAUCACCAAGUACUCCUCAGCCGACUUCCUGGGCUCUGUUGGCAAGAAGACCCCCGUCACCGCUCGGCUGUCCACAGUGGUCCAUGAGAAGGGGUCGCCAGAGAGCUUGCGCGACGUGCGCGGCUUCUCCGUGAAGUUCAAGACACAGCACGGAAACUGGGACUUUGUCGGCAACGACAUUCCGGUGUUCUUCAUCAGGGAUGGCAUUCAGUUUGUGGACCUGGUGCACUCGCUGCGGCCCAACCCCAAGACCAACAUUCAGGAGGGCUGGCGCAUUCUGGACUUCCUUUCCCACCACCCAGAAUCCUGCCACAUUUUGACGUGGCUUUUUGACAACGACGGCAUCCCCAAGAACUGGAGGAAGCUGAAUGGCUUUGGCGUCAACACCUUCAAGCUCAUAAACGCUGAUGGCGAGGAGCAUCUCUGCAAGUUCCACUGCCUGCCAGUGGGCGGUGCGGAGUUCAUGACCGACGACGAGGCGGUGAUGGCAGGCGAGAAGAACAUGCGCCACAGCCAUGCAACGCACGACCUGUACAACGCCAUCGCAGAGGGUGACUACCCCGAGUGGACGUGGCUCAUCCAGGUCAUGCCCGUGGACACAGACCCCGCCUCCAUCGGAUUUGACCCCCUGGAUGACACCAAGCUGUGGCCGGAGGAGGACUUCCCGCUGAUGGAGUUUGGGCGCAUGGUGCUGGACACCAACGUCAAAAACUAUUACUCCGAGGUCGAGUCCAUCGCAUUUGACCCCGGCGUGACCGUGCCAGGCAUUGCGGUGUCGAACGACCCGGUGCUGCAGACGCGUGUGAUGGCAUACGCUGACGCGCAGCGCUACCGUCUGGGAGUGAAUUAUCAGAUGCUGCCGGUCAACAUUCCCGUCUGCCCCUUCCACAACAACCACAACGAUGGGGCGAUGAACUACAUCAUCAAGGACGAGGAGGCAAGUUUUCCGGAGGCGGUGCACCCGGAGGUUGCCAAGACUCACAUCAGCAAGGAGCCCAUCAACGGCGUGCGCGUUAAGGAGGACCUCUUCGUGGGCGAUGACUACAAGCAGGCCGGCGACCGCGUGCGCUCCAUGGACAAGGACAGGCGGGAGCGGUUCCUGGAGCAUGUGUUGGGCUGGCUGACGGACCCCAAGCUGACAGCUGAGGUGCGUGACACAUGGCUGGACAUCUGGACGCGCGUCGACAAAGACCUGGGCGCAGAAGUGCGCGAACAGGUCAAGGACACCCCUGCCGGCCACCCCUCCAAGGUCGGCGCCACCAAGGCCUGA